UUGGUGGAGUUUGUCACCAAUCAGUUUGCGGCCCCAGCCAUUGGUGAUUUACUGUGUUUGCUGUGCGCGGGACAAUGUGCGCGUGUGGACCCAGCAAACAGCCCCAGCCAUUUUGAAUAAAGUUCACCCAGCCAUUCACCCACCUUUACCACACCUGUUUCUGGCGGGCUCUUCAACGGACAAGCUCCACACCUUGUGCAACGUCUUCACGUGUUGAAGGAUUAAAUCAACCAUGCUGCGCAUCCUGGUUCUGUCAGCCGUAGUCGUGCUGUCCUCUGCACAGGUCCGAAAUUGUCCAGACAAUGACUAUGGCCCUCGUGAGUGUACAUGCACCAUCGUAAACCUGGCAGGCAUCGACCACAGAAUAAUUGACUGCCAGGGGAAAAGUCUUCCCGCCGUUCCCGCUGGCAUCCCUGCCGACACGUUCUCACUCGAUCUCAGCAACAACGCCAUCACCGAACUCUCCGCGGAUGCCUUCACAUCUCUGAACGCACUCGAGCAGCUUCUGCUGUCAGGCAACCAGAUCACUGCCAUCCCAGACGGAGUGUUCCAAAGCUUGGAAGAUGUGAAGGUGUUGCGGCUGAACGAAAACGGAUUGACAACGCUGACCAAUGGGAUGUUCUCUAGCCUGGUUGCAUUAGAGAAGCUUGACUUAGAUGAUAACCGGAUCGAGACCAUCACUGGGUCACCGUUCAGCGGCCUGGCACGCCUGAGGGAGCUGAGGUUGAACGCCAACCGUAUUAUCAACCUACCGACCGCGGUGUUCCAGGGCUUGGCCGGUCUUCAGAAGCUGUUCCUGCACGACAACUUCAUCACCAGCGUCCCGUCACAGGCCAUCCGCAGCCUGAACACCCUCAUCGAGCUCCAUCUCGAGAACAACGACAUCCUCACCGUCGGAAACGACAGCUUCGUGGGCCUGACCUCCAUGCUGAACAUCUCGCUGAGCGGGCAGCCGGACCUGGUGGAGGUGCAGGCCUUUGCUCUGCGGGGGGUCAACAGGAACCUGGAGCGGCUGGAGAUCAGGGACUGUCCCAAACUCACCAUCCUGCAUGAGGAAACCUUCCGCGACUUCACACUGCUACAGCGUCUGGACUUGUCCAACAACAACAUCUCUCGUCUGCCCAAGGCUGCCCUGGAAAACCUGAACCGCCAGGCACUGGUCACACUAUCAGGUAACCCGUGGAUCUGCGACUGCCGUCUGUCGUGGCUGCGGGACUGGAUGGACGAGGCCGUCAUGAACCCUGACCUCCUGGACAUCAACAACGUGAUCUGCGAUGCGCCGCCCAAGCUGAAGGGUCAGCAGCUGGAGAUCGUGAACCGGUUUGAUCUGGACGACCCAGACGUGUGCAACCUGCUGAACCCGGCGGGGCAGAUCGGGGCGGGACCGGUCGUGGUCGCGUCGCUGUUCUCCCUGUUCUGCGCUCUCGCUUUAUCGUUCGCCGUGUGACGCUGCCUAGAAGCAAUGUGGUAGCUCUAAAACCUAGUACUUGUUUCUCUGUAUUUGAUCUAUUUUUUCUCUUUGUCAGAAAAUCAAGUAAGAAAUCAUGUACAAUGUGCAACAAAGGGUGUAAAAUGUGCAUCAUCAGUGUUUACCAGUCACAUUUUAGUCCUGAUUAUGGAAUGCUUUCUAAUCAACUUUAUGACUGAUGAUUCAAAUGUUUCUUAUAUACAGAAGGUGUGAUAUACCUUCGGCAAUGCCGUCUUUAAUUCAGAUCCUUUUGCAAUACAAUGUACAAUCUUGAAAAUUUGUCACUUUUCUUAGUGGCAGGAAAUGUUGUGAAAGAAGAAGUGGAUACUUUUCAAUAAUCAUCAUGCUGUGAUUCUUAGGAGUUUUCAUGAGCUGAAGGUUUUAACCAUACUACUAGUUGUUUUUUAAGGCUUUAUUAGGCAGUUUUUAUGUUUUUUUGUGUGUAUUAUGCUAUGUUGCACCAAGCUGUUACACAAUCUCCACUGAAUGUGAAUGUUUUAGGGAGUGGUUAAUCAACUGAUCUAUAAAACUUUGUAGAAUUAUUCCAUGACUUUCUUCAACUUUUAUUCUUUCUAUCAUUGUACAUUGUACUUAGAUGUAUGGCCUGUAUAACUGUUAAUCCCUUUCUUUGUGUUCAUUUUCCUGGUUUUACACUUGUCUUCUAUUCAUGUUACCAAACCACCACAUCCCCAUACUUUGAUAUGGAACAUCCCAAUUUUGAAAGCUUUUUGAUAGAGGCCAUCACUAGCUCUGCUUGUCAGUCACAGAAUGCUGUUGUAAGUGUUUUUCAAGUUUUAUUGAUGGCAAUUGCAAAUAAAAGCUCAGUGUGAACUUUGGUGGCA